AUGCAAGCAAAACUGAGUUCUGAAUCAAAGUUGCGAUCAUGUGAUAGACAGGGUUUCAGAUCAAAAUCUUCCCUUGGAGUUGGUGGAAUUAGAAAAUCUGACUGUUCUUUUGAAGUGGCUGGUUCAGAUGCCAAUACAGUGCUAAGGAAUGAAUCGGAGAGUACCUCUAUUCCUCGCGAUCGUGCAGCUAUGUUGGAGCAGAGGGUUGUAGUAAAAGCAAAUAAUAAGGCAACUCUCCAGGAUGACAAUCAGGCAAUUGGCCCAAGUACAAUGCUAAAAGCGAAGGUUUCUAGGGCACCACGAACUGGUUCCAUCAUGGUGUUAGACUCGUCUUCUAAAGUUCACCUCUCAUCUGGAGCUUUGCAGGGUUGGGAACAGCUAAAUCUAAAUAAGAUCCAACCGUUAGGUGUUGGGAGCAAUCAAAAACGUUUGAUGUAUACAGGUUCAUCUUCACAGGCCAUGUCUCAGUGGGGUGGUCAGAGACCACAUAAAAACUCACGUACAAGGAGAACAAAUUUAGUGUCACCCUCUAAUGCUGAAGUUCAGAUUUCAAAUCAAGGCUUCACAACUCCUGAUUUCGGUGCUAGGGCAUCUAUUGGAACUGGUGGAUCACUGCUUGGCUGCAGUGUAGAUAAUGCUACUCCCAGAAUUAAGAGAGAACCUGAGAAUGUUUCUUCUCCAUUUGGGUUUUCUGAGAGUGAAGAAACAGGGGCUGGAGAUAACAAAUCAAAAGAGAAAGGAAUUGAUUGUAGUGAGGUUACUUUACCUACAUCUCAAAAAGCUGGAUCUUUCUUAUUGCCCACAAGGAAGAACAGAAUGUCUACUAAUGAAAUUGGAGAUAGAGUCCGAAUACAAGGAAGGAGUGGAGUUAAUGCGGCAUCCUUUACAAAACCAGGCAUUCCUCCAAUGAGGGAGAAGUUGGAGAGUAUUACGACAACCAAACCAAUACAAAGUGCGAGAUCUGCUUCUGAUAAAAAUAGAAGUAAGACAGGGCGUCCACCUUCCAAAAAGCUGAAAGACCGCAAGGCCACAACUCGUGUCGGAUUGAUACAGAAUAAUGUCUCUUCAGAUUGCACAGGUGAAUCUGAUGAUGAUCAUGAUGAACUAUUUGCAGCUGCCACUUCUGCUCGAUUUGCCACUAGUCUUGCUUUUUCUGGUCCUUUUUGGAAGAAAAUGGGAUCAAUUUUCAAUUCUGUCAGCUCUGAAGACUCAUCAUUCCUUAGACAACAGCUAAAUUUGGCAGAAGGGCUUGAUGAGAGUUUGUCUCAGAUGUUUGGAGAUCAAUAUAUCGUUUUGGGUAGCGUGACACCAAAAGAUGCACCUAGUUCUGUUGAAGAAAUUGCCAAAACUAACACCGCAACUGGAGGAUUGGAUCUAAAACAGUUUGACAAGGUUACUCCUUUAUGCCAAAGAGUUCUUUCUGCUUUGAUAGAAGAAGAUGAAAGUGAAGAAAUUUACAACCACGUUGAAGCUAAGAAUAUGUCCCUUCAUUAUGCAAGUGAUGAUUCUCAUUGUGGUUCUUGUAACCAUAUGGAUGUUGAACCUAAAGAUAGGGACAGGAUGGAGUCCGAAGUUGAGUCGAAUGCAGAUUUUCAGUGUCAGAAGAACUCUCUCUUAGACAGACUCUCUUAUGAUGCAAGCGUAGCAUCUAACACAUUUAGGAACUCCAGCUUGUCUAAUUCGUUACAUAGUAGUGAAAGGUGGUUGGGAGAGGAUGAAUUUUCACAUUCAGAUAUGGGUCCUGUGAGUGAAAUAUGUUCAACUGACCUGGGUCAGGUUCAACCCAAGGAAAUGAGUAUUUCUGUUGUGUCUUCGUCAGAUGGACGGUACCAGUUUAUGUCUAUGGAGGACAAGCUUUUGCUGGAGCUACAGAGUAUUGGUCUUUAUCCAGAGACUUUGCCUGAUUUGACAGAGGGAGAGGAAGCAAUAAAUCCAAAUGUUGUUGAACUUAGUGAACAUCUGUAUCAACAGAUCAAGAAAAAGAAGAGAAAGUUGGGGAAGAUUGAUAAAGCCAUUCAGAGUGGGAGAGAAGUAGACAGAAGGAACAUCGAGCGUGCGGCAAUGGACCAACUAAUACAAAUAGCUAACAAGAAACGUUUGGCUUGUCGUGGGGGUAAUUCAUCGAAAAGCGCAGUUCGUAAGGUUUCAAAACAAGUUGCAUUAGCUUUCAUCAAGCGAACGCUUGGUAGAUGCCAAAAAUUUGAAGAGACAGGCAACAGUUGCUUUAGCGAACCUGCAUUGCAAGAUGUCAUGUUUUCCGUACAGACAAGCAGCAACGAAGCAAAAUCUGUUGAAUGUAUUGGCUCUGGAACUGCUAGUAACACUUGCAAUGAAACAUCCAACCAUCAAGCAGAAGCCAGGGGCUCAGGUACAUGCGAAACUAAAUUUCAUGUUACUUCAACUCAAGUAUGUCGUGUUCGUCCAACAUGUCUAUGUCAAUAUUUUGUAACUUCAUUCGUGUGUACCAAAACUCAAGUUUGAAU